GGAACAUCUGUUUUUAACAGAAUAGGCUGUCAAAUGUACUUGAAGUAAUCACUUUGUUAGCAAUUUAUUAAAAAAUGUGCUUGGCAAACUAUUUUAGCCCUUUUAGUGAAUAAAAUAUAGUGUUUAAACGUUGUUAAAAAUAUAUAAAGCUGGUGAAAAUUGGAAUUAUAGCGUCUGAAUAGAAGAAGAGGAGAGUUAUGACACAAAAUGUCGGCGGAAAACACGCCGAAAAUCUCGGCGGAAAACACGCCGAAAAAAAUCUCGGCGGAAAGCUCGCCGAAAAUCUCGGCGGAAAGCUCGCCGAAGCGAUUACCCCGUCACAGCAUCGCCGUUACCCCCUCGCCGUCACCGGAUCGACGUCGGCCUUCCUUUUUGAAUCUCCACAUCCCGGAAUACAAUUGGAAGGGUUCCCUCACCCAUCUGCACUUGCCCACCUUUACUCUUACUUCUCCGGAUGGAGAUCAGAGCCACAGCAAGUUCUCCUUCAGUCUGGGAAUCAGAAGGCAUUCGCAUAACACGCUGCACCGUACUGAGUCCAUGGUAUCACUUUGUUUCCGAUCGCUGAACGAUUUUAUACAAGAUGAUAAUUUACGAGGAUUACAGACGUUUCUUGAGAGCAGACAAGCCCAAGUCGAUGACAAAGACGAGAAUGGAACGACAGCUCUUAUGGUGGCAGCGGCUAAAGGAAAGUCAGCCAUGGUACGAGAAUUGCUGACCCACGGUGCUGAUCCCAACAUAGACGAUAACGAUUCAUGGACGGCUCUUCUAUGCGCUGCUAAGGAAGGUCACACGGAUAUCGUCCUUCAGUUGUUAGAUCACAAUGCCGCCAUCGAUCAUAGGGAUAUCGGAGGUUGGUCGGCCCUCAUGUGGGCGACAUACAAAGGCAGAACUGAUACCGUUAUAACUCUAGUAGAAAAGGGAGCUGACGUGAAUGCCCACGGCAAUUUUCAUAUUUCUUCCUUACUAUGGGCAUCUGGUAGAGGGUACACUGAUAUUGUUGAAUGUCUACUCAAUCACAACGCGAAAAUAAACGUUGGGGACAAAUAUGGAACCACGGCCUUAGUGUGGGCCAGUCGAAAAGGUUAUACGGAGAUUGUAGAGUUGUUGUUAAAAGCAGGUGCCAAUGUAGAUACUGCCGGCAUGUAUUCUUGGACAGCGCUGCUGGUGGCAACUUACGGAAAUCAUGUCGAUGCAGUCAAUUUACUUCUAGAACGCAAACCUAACGUCAAUGCGUUAGAUAAAGAUGGCUGUAGUCCAUUGACGAUAGCAUGCAAGGAAGGUUAUUAUGAAAUUACUACAGCGCUAAUGUCAGCUGGGGCUUACAUUAAUAUUCAAGACCGUUCUGGAGAUACCAACCUCAUCCACGCGGUGAAAGGAGGCCACAGAGGUGUAGUCGAGGUGCUAUUAAAAAAAUACGCCGAUGUGGACAUCCUGGGCAAAGACCGUAAAACGGCGAUAUAUGUAGCCGUUGAAAAAGGGAACGUCAGCAUCGUCAAACUCCUGCUUACAUGCAAUCCUGACUUAGAACUGGCGACGAAAGACGGCGACACGCCAAUUCUAAAGGCGGUCAGGUCCAGGAAUUCGGAAAUCGUGCAAUUGUUGAUUGAUAAGAAAGCUAAAGUAUCGGCGGCAGAUAAAAAAGGAGAUACCGCUCUGCACAUAGCUAUGAGAGCAAGAUCGAAAGCUAUAGUUGAAAUAUUACUAAGGAAUCCGAAGAAUAGUCAAUUGUUGUAUAGGCCGAACAGGGCGGGAGAGACGCCUUAUAAUAUUGAUAUGAAUCAUCAGAAAACUAUUUUGGGGCAAAUUUUUGGUGCUAGAAGGCUGAAUACAAAUGAGGAUAAUGAAAAUAUGUUAGGUUAUGAUCUGUAUAGUAGCGCUUUGGCUGAUAUUUUAAGUGAACCUUCCCUUUCUAUGCCCAUCAUGGUGGGUUUGUAUGCCAAAUGGGGUAGUGGUAAAUCGUUUCUUUUAAAUAAACUCAGAGACGAAAUGAAAAAUUUUGCCCGUGAGUGGGUGGAUCCCGUCUUCCAGUUUUCAACAUUACUCUUCAUAGUUUUGGCACACAUUUCGAUUAUAGCAGCGAUCAUAGUCGGACUGGCGGUUCGAUCUUGGGUAACCGGAUUGUGCGUCGGUAUAGCAUUUUUGGUACUCAGCUAUUCGAUACUAAUAAUGAUAUGGUUGGCCAGUAAGAAGUACGAUUGGGACUGGGCGUACAAUUUUAACGUUCGCCUGACUAGAAAAAUAAAUAACUUGAGGUUGGUGUUGCAAAUUUUGUUUUGCCAUCCGCCGGGAGCGUCUAAUGAUGGAUUGGCUGCGCAGCCAAUAAGAUUUUUCUUCACUGAUCAAACGAGAGUUAGUAGUACGGCUGGUGGAGAAAAUUCGGUAGUUCAAAUGAUCGGUUCUUUAUAUGAUGCAAUAGAAAAUCAAUAUGGAUCUCUUUCUACUAGACUGUAUCGUGCUUUCAAACCCAAACAUAUAAAAAGUUCUUCUUGUUGGACAUGGAGGAAAGUUUGUUGUGUACCUUAUGUAGUAUUCUUUGAAAUGUCCUUUUUAAUGAUAUUAAGUGGAACUGGUGCCUUGGUAAUAUAUAUCAUUCACGUUAGUUCGUCUGCAACCAUUAGUGUGGUAUCAGAAUUUACCCUUGAAAUGAUCUUGAUAGUGGCCGCAUUGUUGUUAGGUGUCGCUUGUUUGGCAAACAUGUACACUUGGACUAGAAUGUUAAAGGCGAUAUUUUUUUCGCAGAGAAGACAUUUGCAAAGGUCCAUUGCCAAAUUGGAGACACUCAAAUCUGAGGGUUUUUUGCAAACGCUCCGACUAGAGGUAAAUUUGAUGAAGGACAUGGUAAAAUGUCUGGACAGCCUGAAUUACCAACAGACCAGGCUCGUAGUAGUGAUAGACGGACUCGAUAGCUGCGAACAAGACAAGGUGCUUCUUGUUUUGGAUACUGUACAUAUGCUUUUUUCUGAUGCGAAUACCCCCUUUAUUGUGAUAUUAGCCAUAGAUCCGCACGUUAUUGCUAAGGCUGUAGAAAUCAAUACUAGAAGACUAUUUAGCGAGAAUAACAUUGGAGGACACAAUUACUUAAGCAAUAUGGUUCACCUACCGUUCUACCUACAGAAUUCAGGAUUGAGAAAAGUCAAAGUGGCUCAAGCCACCGCUUUAUCACACCGAAAGCAAACAGGCACGUGGACGGAAAAUGAAGAAAAUCUCAACAGCUUCCUUGCUAGAUCGUCAUCCAGUAGGAGAUUAUCUAACGAUAAAGCCUUGAUGUCGAGCACGGAAAACUUGGGAAAAUUCCCUGGCAGAAAAGGUUCGAGAAAACUCAAAAUGUCCGAAUCUGUAGCUAGUUCUAUUGGUUCGAAUUUGAACCGCAUAGGUGGCGCUCAAGACCUUACAAAAAUGUUACUUACCGAUGAUUAUUUUAGCGACGUAAAUCCCCGCUCGAUGAGAAGACUGAUGAACGUAGUUUAUGUUGCAGGUCGAUUACUUAAAGCAUUCCAAAUAGAUUUUAACUGGUAUAGAUUAGCCUCGUGGAUUAAUAUUACCGAACAGUGGCCAUUCAGAACAUCAUGGAUUAUUCAUCAUUUUGAUAUGUAUGAAGAAUCAUUAGACGACAAUACAUCCUUGAAAUCAAUAUACGACAAAAUUCGGCCACAUAUUCCUAUUGUGAAGGAUACUGAACCGCUUUUGGAGUUGGAUAGGGACGAGAAAAAGUUCGACAUAUUUUUGGGCUACCAUCGCUCAAGUUUGUUAGUUAGUGAUCUUAAGAUAUUUCUUCCGUUCACGAUUAAUUUAGAUCCCUACCUGAAAAAAGUAAUAAAGGAAGAAAUGCAGUGUCUAGAAGACGAUGGUUUAGUGAUGGUCAAAAGUGGCAAUAACAUGUCCGUACAGAAUGUCCAUUCCGUAACCAAUAUGACAGACUGGUCGUCGCCCAGGUCCAUGAUGACAAAAAGAGGACGACAGAAUUCAAAAGUGUCUUCUUUAAAUCAGCAUAAUCAACAUCAUCACUCAUCGCUAGUAGGGCCAAUGACACCGGCAGGAAUGAUGGGUUGGCAAUCUUGGACGGAUCCGAUGAUCUACCGAUCGCAGAUGCCUUUAGGUCCCGUAACUGUAGCUGAGCCCGAAAUUUUGGAGACUCGAUUAUCGACAUUGAAUGUUGACGGGGUUGUGAAGCUCUUAAACGGCAUGAGUGAUAUAAAUGCCCAUUCUGUUGGAGAUUAUAUUAAAACGAUUAGAGAACACAACAUUAAUGGAAGGGUUCUCUUACAUUGUGAUUUGGAGGAAUUAAAAAGGUUGCUGAAAAUGACUUUUGGAGAUUGGGAGAUGUUUAAAGUUAUGGUGAUUAUUCUCAGAGAACAAGAAAUUACGAGUGUGCUACGUCAAGACGAAAUUAGACCUAUUAAAUUAUUAAAACCAGUAGAAAGACGAAAUAGUAGUACAAAUAAAGGAGCUAGCUCUGUAGAAAAAGAAAAACAAGAUGAUGGACGUCAAAGGAAACAAAGCAUUAUUGAAAAACAGGUAACAUUAGAAGAUCAAAUGAUUUGCGGCGCUCUUCAAACCUUGAACGAAGAAGCCUGCGAAGACGUUUUAGAAGAAACGGAAGAUACGAAAAUAACAAUAGAACCAGACGUCCCUCAGACUUCGAUCAUACCUCCUAGUCCAGAAUCUAAUCAAGAUCUUCCUCCCAGAGGCUAUCGGUCUCGCACGAAUAGUUCGAGCGGCAUAGGUGAGACAGAUUUUGUUUUCUUGCAAUCCUCACCCGUAGGUCAUAUGCAUUGGCAGCCAGUCAGUAUAGGUGCCAACUCUGAAAGUCUCAGUAUGAGUGACCAAAGUUCCAGAUGUAGCUCGCAGCCGCCUUCUCCUGUUCCAGAACGAAAAGUCUCCAUAGGCAGUCUCAACAAACAUUCCAACCUAAAAUCUGGCGAAAAUUCAAAUAAUAAAGGCCGUCAUGUUAUCAUCAAAGCAGAUUAUUCGGAAACAAAACCUCGAAUCUGCAUAAGCACUACGAACACAUCGGUCUCGUACGAGACCCCUGCAUCAACUAAAACGCCUCUUCUGCAAGAAUACAAAAACAUGGCGUCACAAACGAAAAGACCGAGUUCAUUGAAUUUUAACAAAGGUGAAAAUAGACAUACCAGACUAAGAACCAGAUCCAAAUCGAUUGAUACCAGCCAGAAAGACGAGAGAAGGGAUAGAAAAAAUGCCGACGCUUUGUUGAAAUUAAAAGAGAAAUUACUCCAUUCCAGCCCUGACUUAAACGACGCUAGUGAUAACGAAAGUACCCCAUUGGUUUCAGAAGUAUCCACGCCUUCAAAGUCUGGUCAAAGUUCAGACAUCAAAAGCCCGAGCUCAAAAAGUUUCCCGUUAUCACCGUCGUCACAGAAAAGCUUGUCGCCAGAAAAGACUUCGAAAUUCACCAGAAGUGAACAGAAUCUUAGCGAUGCAACAGAAUUGAGUCCUUCAACUAUGUUAUUAGACAAUAAUGUUUUUGCCGAUCACCAAACUGGCAGCAAUAAUUUUGGGGAAAGGCGCAGAACGAUGUCGGAUGAUAUUAGCAGUUCGAUUUCUUUGUACUUAGGUUCGCUAGAUCGAAGUACCAGCAAUUUUAGUGUACAUAGUUCGCACAGUUCCGGUGGUCAUUUGUCCAGACAAAACGCUUUAGAUUCUCAAGAGAAUUUAACGGAUAUUUAUUGCGACCCAGGUAGCAAGAAUGAUUGAAUUGAAUUAUUUUUAUUGUUUUGUGCUCACUGUACUUAGCCAUGUCAAAGAGAUGCAGUAUUUUUAGAUUAAGCAGAAUACUUUUGUUUACCAAUAUUGUGAUUAAGAAGAAAGUAUAUUAGACCAUGUUAAGUAAGCAAAUUCUAUUUUGAAUGAAGAAAAUAAAUUGUUGUCUUUAA